GACCAUAAAUGCCAAAUGAUUUACAUCAUCACGCUAUUCUCAAGUGUAACCACCGCACCACAUUCCAAAACGCAGCGCGUUAGACUUGGAAACAGCUAAGCCCCUGAACCAAAUACGUCUCCCAGCUUUUAUCCGUCUCUUUUCCAGAUUUGGAUUUUCGAUUCGUGGAGGGGAUUGGGCGGAUGCUAUUGUGAGGAUCGAAGGUGAGAGAGAGAAAGCGGGAGAGGUGGGAUGGGUUCGAAGUUGGAAGGGCCUUCGGCACCAGCAGUUCGUCGGGACCCGUAUGAGGUGUUGAGCGUAUCCAGAGAUUCAACAGAUCAGGAAAUUAAGACUGCUUACAGAAAGCUUGCUCUUAAGUAUCAUCCUGACAAAAACGCCAGUAAUCCUGAAGCAUCAGAACUUUUCAAGGAGGUUGCAUAUUCUUAUAACAUCUUAUCUGACCCAGAGAAAAGAAGACAAUAUGACAGUGCAGGGUUUGAGGCUCUGGAUUCUGAUAGCAUGGACAUGGAAAUUGACUUGUCCAACCUUGGAACUGUCAAUACAAUGUUUGCAGCAUUAUUCAGCAAGCUGGGUGUCCCUAUUAAGACUACAGUUUCUGCAAAUGUUCUUGAAGAAGCUUUAAAUGGAACUGUCACAGUCAGACCACUUCCAGUUGGAACAUCAGUCAGUGGAAAGGUAGACAAACAAUGUGCCCACUUCUUUGGCGUAACAAUAAAUGAGGAACAAGCCCAAGCAGGGAUUGUAGUUAGAGUUACUUCAUCUUCACAAAGCAAAUUUAAGCUACUUUAUUUUGAACAAGAUGCCAAUGGUGGUUAUGGCUUAGCUUUACAGGAAGAUAGUGAGAAAACUGGCAAGGUGACAUCUGCAGGGAUGUAUUUCUUACAUUUUCAAGUGUACAGAAUGGAUUCAACUUUGAAUGCGUUAGCGAUGGCUAAGGACCCUGAAGCUGCUUUCUUCAAAAGGUUGGAAGGUCUUCAACCUUGUGAGGUCUCAGAACUAAAAGCUGGCACUCACAUAUUCGCUGUUUAUGGGGAUAAUUUUUUUAAAACUGCUUCUUAUACAAUUGAGGCACUUUGUGCUAAGUCAUAUGAGGAUACAACUGAGAAGCUUAAGGAUAUUGAGGCCCAGAUUUUAAGGAAGAGAACUGAGCUACGCCAAUUUGAGACAGAAUACAGAAAGGCAUUGGCACGCUUUCAAGAAGUGACCAACAGAUACGGCCAGGAAAAGCAGUGUGUAGAUGAGCUGCUGAAACAGCGGGACAGUAUCCACUGUUCAUUCACCGUAACCAAGACAGCUAAUAAUAGUAUUAUUAGUGGAAGUGGUAGUAAUAUGAGUAAUGGAAGUAGUAGUAAAAUUCCUAAUGAUGAUUUGAAGGUUGAGAGUCCAGGGGAAGAUGUAAGCUCGGAAGGAAAGGAUAAAUCAAGCAAAAAGAAAUGGUUCAAUCUCAACCUGAAGGGAUCUGAUAAAAAGUCUGGUUGACAAGGAGUGUUGUGAUGGAUUUGUAUUAUUUGAAUGGUUUUAGUUUUCCAUUCUUACACUGAAAUGCGUUGGCCACCAGCUUGCUGCUUCAAGGCUCCCCUUGUAUACCUUGUUUCAUUCGUUUCUUCCUCCCGGGGUUUUCCUAGCUUGUUCAGUGUGGCAUGUUACAGUACAGUCCCUACUAGACAUCACAAAAUUUUAAGGUAUGUGUAUUUGUAUUCGUACAGUCAUCUUCACACUCAUAGAUUUGGUCCUCAUCUGCGGAGUUAAUGUAGCAACCCAAGCAUAUAGUGUUUUGAAACUGUAAUAAAAGAUCCAUUGGUUUGGUUGUUAUAAGAACGAAUUCGACACUUUUUUCUUUGUUCGCUGAACAAAGGAACCUUA